AUGGAGACUCCAUCCCGGGGCUCGGCGUCUUCGCCUGACCCUUUGAACGAACGCGGUGACGAUGCUGCAACACUUCCCAUUCUCUCGUCCGCAAGCCGGCCUAUCACGCGCAGCCAACGCUCGAACAGCAUGUACUCUCUGGAUCCUCACAACCGCAUGCACCCGUCGCGGUUCUCUUCGCCACGCAAGCAGACCUUCCACCUGGAUGUGGGCAGCAAUGUCUCGCCCCAAAAGAUUCGCGUCACGGUCGAGACCGAGGACAAUGCUGCUGACGGUAUCGACGGCCAAGACAGCCUCGCCGACGACAUUCCCGACAUUGCCGAUUUUGACGAGGGGAAGGUUAGCCGCCGUCUCUUCCCUGCUUCGACGCCCGUCCCCUCCCUUCCUCUCAAAACCUCAUCCGCCGCCGCACCGGCCUCUUCAUCGCGUCGCCGCCAGCGCGGCUCCUCUCCCUCCAAGGGCUCGCCUACAAAGACCUCUGCCACCCGCCGGAAGCCUCGAUUGUCGACCACGAUGACCACUAAAGUGCCCCUGCGCGGCCUCUCCGACGACGAAGGCGAGGAUGCUUCCGAGACGACUGGCAUUGCCGCUACCCCCAAGCCCAAGCGUGGCCGACCCCGUCGCUCCGGAACGCCGAAGCCCCUGACCACAAUCGUUGAGCCGUCCAGCCCCAUAACUGCGACUUCUGCUUCUGCUGCCAAGGUUGCCUCGUCGCCCUUGAAGCGUGGUCGCAAACCAAGAGCCGCGACGCCCAAGGCAGAAGAGACGACAGGCGAUGAGCUUGCAUCCGUCGAAGCUACACCCGCCUUGUCCAGCCCGGCCAAGCGCACGCCCAGAGCCACACGCAAGACCGCCACCCCCAAGGCCACCCCGAAGGCUACCCCCAUGAGCGCCCCUAAGAGCACUCCUAAGCGCACACCCAAACGUACUGCUAGCUCGGCUUUCCCCGGAAGCGAAGGAGAGUCUGCCUCGGAAUCCCGUCCCACCAAGCGUGGCCGUGGCCGCCCUCGCAAGGCUAUGGUCCCUGACGAGAUGGCUGCUAUAGCAGAGAAUGUGCUCGAGGAGCAACUGCAGGAGGAACGAUUGGCCACGCAGCCGCCCAACGGGCCACGGACUGAAGAACCCCAGAAGCAAGCGGAACUUGGCGUUUUCGCAGAUGGAACUGCAUCGGCCUCCCCGGACCCUAUUAUGGACGACUCCGAUGCAAUCACUGCGCAUCCCUUCCAUGCCCCGACCCCCAACACGAUUCGCAGAAUGCGGGUGGCUGUCUCUCCCGCGCCGACUACUCUCUCGUCCGUCGACCUGAUCAGCGUCCAGACGCCUGCCCGGCCCACUUUUGACACCGAGCCCGCCAGCAUCGUUGACGACGAAGGGAAGCAUGGUGGGGACGACCUCGAGCGAACGUCUGCCGAUGCUGAUGAUACUGCUGAUGCCACCGCUGCUGCCGACGAGGAUUCUGGUGAGGACUUUGCCUAUGGAGCACCGUCUGCCGAUGACUACUUUAGCGAAAACGGAUUCGGAAACUAUGAUAUCCCUGAAACUUUUGAUCACAGCGAUAACGCCGUGGAGACUGCUUCUAUCAAUGCCACGUCACCUGCCCCUGUCGCACGCGGUGUUCAUGAUGAAGAGCUGCAGACCACUCACACAGCGCACAGCGCAACUGUUACCCUUGUGGAGACCGCCGAUGUCACAGACCAACCCGGUGAAGACAUCAUUGACCAGGCUGCCGCCUCUAACCAAGGUGACUCUGAGGAUGAGCUUGCUCCUCCAAUUGUCUCCCAUAGUGAUGCCAUUGAGAGUACCAUCGACGCGCCGGUCUACAGUGAGGACCUCCACACUGCCACACCCCAAGUCGCCCAAGCUCGUGUUCUCAUCACUCCAGACACACUGUCGUCUCCCAUGAUGGAGGCGCCUACUUUAACCAUCCCCAAUAUCAUGUACACUGGUGCCCUACCGGAAGAAGAACAAGCUGCUGAGGCCAGCAUAGCCCCCGCCGCUGCCGAACGCGUCCAAGAUGACGCCUUAGUUACGGGCAACCGCAAGAAUGAUUCGCAACAUAGUCGUAGUGAUCAGGCACAUCCCGAUGACAGGAUGCUCUUCUCCAGCGCGGAAUCACCCUUCGUUCACGAGGCCUCUAUCCUCCGUGAUGCCCAGCUGGCACAGAGCGAUGUGACCGCCCCCGAUAGCGACGGUGAAGACGUCGACGCUGUCCUCCUUGGAAGUACGCAUGGCAACGAAGCUGAUUCGGACGCCGAGUCUGAAUUGACAGGUGCUGCUCCCAACGUUCGCGACAUGGACACCAUUGCCCAGGGUGAGGACUUCAGCAUGAUUGGCGUCGAGUCGCUGCAAACUAGCUUCCGUACGUCCAACGAUGAAAUGCCCGCAAUGGGUGAGAUGACCAGCCGCAUUGUCAACCGCUCGCUCCAAUCCGUCCGCCAAGGCAACCAGCCCACUGAGGCCCACGACAACGAUGGGCUCAGCUACCUGGACUUCAUCUAUCAGUCCGACUCCCCCGCUCCUGCCUCUGUCCUCGCGUCCGCCACAAAGUCGUCCCAGAUCACGCAGAGCGCGACCCUCUCAACUCGCACAAGAGAGAAUGCGACUGUGCAACAAUCUUCGCCCGAGGCAAAGUCCAAUUCUCCCCGCAAGAAGGACGAGCCUCUGCGGGAGGUCAUUGCGCGGAAGUCGCUCCUUGACGCACAUGGCUCAUCCGCUACUCCUCGUGUUGUUGCUUCUGUUGAUAAAGCCCCCAACCCGGCCAGUCCAGAACCCCAGCAGCAGUUCAACAACCAGGAGUAUGACGACUCCUUUUCGGAGAUUCCAGACUCUGUGCUUGAAGCGGCGGUCCCACAGACCACUACGACGACCACUCCUUUCUUCUCUCGGCACCAAGCUGAGCUCACUGGACAGUUUGCCAUGGGCAGUGCCCGUGCUAACGCCAACGUCGAAGCCGUCGAGCCGCACCAUGAAGGCCAAAGCAGCCCCGUUGACGCCGCAGCUGAGGAUGACGAUCAAGCCGCACAUAGCCAGCCGGACGUGGAAGCAGAAAUUACCUCGUCGCCCCCCAUUCACUUCGCUCGUGCCCAGCACGCUGCUAUCUCUGAGCAAGCUGCCCAGCGUCCACGCCUCUUGCACGAGAUCCGAACAACUCCCGUGGCGUUCCAGUCGCCGCGCUACCCCGUCACUGCUGACCAGAACGAUUACCUGCGUGUCCCCUCUGAAGGCUUCCGUCCCAGUCUUUCCCCCAUUGUUCGCGCAGGUCGUGCUCUGCAGAGUGUCACUUCCGACCCACCAACGCCCAAGGAGAAUGAAGGCUUUUUGCGCAGUCCCUUCCGCAGCUCAGUUGCUAGAGACACCCAGUCGCCCGCGGCAGCCCAAGGCCAUGACUCUAGCAGUCCUCAGCCUGCUUCUGACGAGGGCCCUAUUCAGGACCAGCUUCUCCGCGAGCAAGGAAGUGAGGAGGAUGAUGAAGUUGCUGGCCAUGCGGAACAAGCUACUCUUCACACGGACGCUACGGACGUUAUAAGCCCUACCGAUGCUGAAGAUGACAACGUCGAGGAUGACAACACUGGGGAUGCCAUUAAUGAAGAAGACGAUCAAGACGAAGAAAGCGAGUACGAGGAAGUGGCUGACGAGGAGCCCAAUGAGGACCCCCAGGUGAUUACCCCGUCACAACAGUCGCAUCCAGCCGCCACUACGACCCAGCAAUCUCCAGCCUCCAUGCCAAGAGCUGCAUGGAACAUGGCCAAGGCACCCUUUUCUGGAUUCAAGAACCUCGUCUUGAACGGCGCACAGGUCAUCUCGCCCCGUCUGUCAAUUUCUGCUCCCGAUUCUGGCUCUCCAGCCUCUCUCCCACCUUCGACCCCCGGUGGUGCUCAAGGUGCCUCACCAACUCCGGCAGCCCGGCCUGCGCCAGCGUCUCCACAGAAGCGUACUGCAUCCGAGGCAGAACUCGAUGCUCAGCCCAGCAGCUCUGCUCAGCCCGGCCCGCGCAGCGUCAAGCGCCUGCGCAUGCAGACCCCGGCCCGUGCUAACAACGUGCAACCUGGCUCUGGCAGCGACACGAACCGAUCCUGGCGGUCCUACAUUUUUAGGGAGAAUAGCGUCGCCGGCUCGAUUACUGGUUUUGCUACGAAGCUGAUCUCUCGGACGCCGCGCAAUGAUAACCACCACCGCGAGACUGAGACCAGUGCCGAUACCGAGGCCGAUGCCCAAGUCGAAGCAAAUUCUGAGGAUAUUGAGAUCAGUCCUGGCAACGAGGCCGCAGUUGAUGCUGAGGACAACAUGAACGUUAAUAUCGUCUCCUUGGCUGAAGCUGAUGUUGGCGCCGAGGACAACAUGGUUGUUAACACCGCCGCGCUUCCCGAUAUCAACACCACGUCUGAGAGCAGACCCAAGGCGACCCUUCUGACCAGCGAAGCUAACUCGACCCAGUACGGUUCCGAUGCUAUAAUGUCGAUGAUCAACGAUAUCAGUGGCGAGGGUCAAGAUGUUCAUGCCAUAACUGAGAUUGAGCCUGACAGGCAAUCCGCCCAAAGCGAGCGGGACGUGCAAGACGAAGACGACGUGGGCAUGGAUACCUUCAGUAUGACAACCGUUAAUAAGCCGAUUCCUGGCGAGCAGGACCAGAUCCCUGUGGAAGCGUAUCCGUCGGAACAUUUCGACGACGACGUCGACAUUUGGGCCAUUGAGGCAGAGCGUACGACUCGAUUUGCCACGACGAAGUUGCAGCAGCAUCAACCCAUCGUUGUUCCUCGCUCUACUGAACGAUCUGCUCCAAAUGCUGAAAGUUCGCCGAUGCGGGAUCCUAGGGUCACUCGCAUCCAAGGACAGGAAGCAAGACGUGCUGCACGGAAGCAAUGGCCUGCCCCAACGCCGCUCGGUUAUGACCCUGACCGCGAGAAGUCUCUUGUCGAGGAGGACAGUGUCGAAAAUGAGGAGGCAGACGAGCUCCAAGGCCCAUCGUCUUCAGUUAAAAACUCACCUCGUCCGGCCGGUCGCUUCAAUCUCGAUGACUUCUUCUCGUCCCCGGUCGCCCUGCCACGCCAAUUGCCGCCUACGUCGAAGAAGAACAUCCAGUACAAUGAGGAGAGCCGCCGCCAAGCUAUGGAGCAGUUCCUUGAGCACGAGCGCCGGCGUGAGGAACGCGAGGCCCUGCCCCAGUCCGCAACCGUACAGAAGCAGAAGCAGAGCCACCUAGUAGCUCCUCGAACAGCCAAUCGCUCCUUUGUCUCCUCUUCUGAGCCAGACCUCAACGAGCAGUCAGAUUCCAUUGGAGAGCUGGCUGCUACGAAUCCUCCUAGCGAGCCCAUUUCCGAGGCCGCUACAUCUACCCCGGAGGCAGAUGCGCUCGGCGCACUGCCUCCCACCAAUCCUAUGACGUCCAACAAGAAGGCGUCACCUACUACUCCUGCUUCUGCUGACUCCCGGCAGCUGCAGCUCGGCAGCGGACGCAGCCGUUCGUCUAGAGGAAGCCCGCCUGCUGAAGGUGACCGCAUCAUUGAAGACGAGGAUGCCCUUGAACGACUUCCUGCGAAUCCUAGUGAAAUUCGCAGGCGUUUCUUGGAAAACUUCAAGGCCAGUACUACGUUCACGGCCAAAACAUCCAGUGUUGCCUCGGCAUCUUCCCCCCCUGUUGCUUCUGCUACCACCGCCGACCAACUUGCCGCCGACCGCCAAUCCCUAGAGACGGCGUCUGGUUCCAAAGAAAACCAGCCCCCUGCCUCGGAAUCUCGCCACUCACGGCCACUCGUCGACUCUCCUGUCGCAUCACCUGUCGGGUCGCCUGAAAUUUCGCCACCAGGCUUACCUGCACCCGUCAACCAAGAGCUGGUGGCUCUCAUGUCUUCCGAGGUGCCCCGGAAACGGUUUAUGUUCAGUCGACCGAGCUUGGCUCACCCGAGCCUUGCCCGCCCACCACGCACAGAACGCAACAGCUCGCUGCAGUUCAUCACGCCAAAAAAGCCUGCACCCCAACCGGUCAAGCCGACGGCGGCGCAGAAUGAGCCAGUGCGAUGGGGCCGCUCGGCCAGCCAACAACAGGAAAGUAGUACCCAGGAGGUAGCCAAGGACACACAGGCCGGAGCCCAACCUGCGAGCUUCAACGACGGACCCCGUACCUCGUUCACCCCACAGACUGACGCCCAAAGCGACGAUGUCGAACAGUCUCCCCAGAGCUUAGGAGGUGAUGACAGCUACCUUUCACAGGAGCAGUCAGGGGUAAAUGAGGAGGAGCAGGAAGAAGAGUCCUCGUUCGUGACACCAUUGCUAAAGCCGCUGCCGGCAAAGUCCGCAUCACCGACCAAGUCGUGCUUGCGGCCAACGACAAAGCCAAAAACACCGGGCCGCGUUGUUGAGUUUACAAGCAGCACGAUGGCCGGCGCGAGCAAGGAAAUUGCAGCGGUACGGGAGAGUCUAGACGCAACCGACCUAGAAUUUGCUGAGCACUUUCAGCUCGACACAGGUAAUCGCCUUCCCUCGCCGGUCCUCACCGAACGCCCCGCAACGGAAGCCAACAUCGAACGGGUCGGUGAGGAUGGAGACGUCCGCAUGUGGGACCGUAAGGAGGUUUCACAGCAGGAAAGCCAAGGCCGGGGUUACGUUGUUGACCGGACGGUGUCCGACAUCAUGCUCGCAGACACCCACCAGAUCAGCGUAACCCGGCCCUACCAUCCAGUCCCGCAGACCUCGGCGGCUGCAGCGGUGGCGGGCGAGGGGUUUUUCUUUCCCUCAAACGCCAUCGUGUACGCCCCUUGGGAAGCACCCGCAAAGAACGUAUCUUCACCGGGUCGAGCUUGGCAGCUCGGGGAUUGGGUGGAGCUCAACAACGUGCUCCAGACCUACCGGCGCGAGGGCAAGGCCGACUUCGUGUCGAACCAUCUGCUGGCACACCUGAGGAACGUCCGCAAGCAUCCGGAAUGGCCGGUCCCAGAGCGGGCAACAAAGGCGUCAGCCGAUUUGCUCCACAAAGUGGUGCACACUGACCGCAUUGCGAUGCUGAUUAAGAGUUGGCAUCUCGACGUGGUCGACGUCUUUGCGCUCCGGGCCGGCCGAAUCUGGAACGAGCACUAUCUGGUGCGGCGUCUCUUCUCACUGUUAAUCAGUGAGGAGAGCCGUGGUGCCUUCAAACCUUGGCGGCGGAGGCCCUAG